CUGCAGCAGGCGCCAGCCCAGCAGACGACGGCCCAGUGUUUACCUGCCGCCGCCUGUGCCUGCUGUGCCUGCCGAUCGCUGCCUGCCCCCGCCCCUCGUGCCGAUAAGCCAGCAAGCACUCACCCGUCUCACCGACUAUAAUUAUACAAGUGCGUGGCUUCCAAGAUGAUGGCGACGGGGCUGACCAGACAAGUGGGCAGGUUCCUGAGGCGGUGCCCCCAGGUGGCGGGUGCCGCCAGCCAGGUGCGGCACCACGGCUCCCACUACCCCAUAGACGACGUGGUGUUCGGCCUGACGGAGGAGCAGCAGCAGCUGAGGAAGAGUGUAUUUGACUUCUUUCAAAAGGAGCUUGCACCCAAAGCUGCCCAGAUUGACAAGGAUAAUAACUUCCCAGAGCUAAGAGAGUUUUGGCUUAAGUUGGGUGCCAUGGGUCUGCUGGGUGUCACUGCCAGCCCAGAGUAUGGUGGCGCAGGCAUGGGCUACCUUGACCACAUCAUUGUGUCUGAGGAGAUGAGCCGUGUUUCAGCCGGCAUUGCACUGUCCUAUGGCGCCCACUCCAACCUCUGUGUCAACCAGAUCAACUUGAACGGCACAGUUGAGCAGAAAGAAAAAUACAUGCCAAAGCUUUGCUCAGGUGAACACAUGGGGGCCCUAGCCAUGUCAGAGCCGGGGUCAGGCAGUGAUGUGGUCAGUAUGAAGUUGAAGGCGGAGAAGAAGGGUGAUUAUUAUGUCCUCAAUGGUAACAAGUUCUGGAUCACCAAUGGACCGGAUGCUGAUGUCCUUGUGGUGUAUGCCAAGACAGACAUGACCACAGCCAAGCCCCAGCAUGGAGUGUCAGCCUUCCUCAUUGAGAAGACUUUUGAAGGCUUCAGCACUGGCCAGAAGCUGGAUAAGCUGGGUAUCAGAGGCUCCAACACUGGUGAACUCAUCUUUGAAGAUUGCAAAGUCCCAGCAAAGAACAUGCUUGGGAAGGAGAAUGGUGGAAUCUAUGUGUUGUUCUCCGGUCUUGACCUGGAGAGGCUGCUGCUUGCCUCUCAGCCUGUUGGCCUGAUGCAGGCUGCCUGUGACGUUGCCUUUGAAUAUGUUCACAUGCGGAAGCAGUUCAACACCAGAAUCGGGGAGUUUCAGCUGAUGCAGGGCAAGAUUGCUGAUAUGUACACCACCCUGAGUGUUUGCCGCUCCUACUUGUACUCAGUGGCACGAGCCUGUGACCUGGGGCACGUCAACAGGAAAGACUGUGCUGGGGUCAUUCUGUAUGCUGCUGAGAAGGCAACACAAGUUUGUCUGGAGGCCAUCCAGUGUUUGGGAGGUAAUGGCUACAUCAACGACUACCCAACCGGCCGCUUCCUCAGGGAUGCCAAGCUCUACGAGAUUGGGGCUGGCACCAGUGAAAUCAGGCGCCUGGUAAUUGGUCGAGCCCUCAACGCAGAGUACAGGUAAUUAGUCAGUGUGCUGCUGCCCCAAUGGGUGUUGAGACAUGGGACUUUUGUUGCAAUCAGGAUCCUAAACAGGUAUUAGAGGUGUUGCCGUAGCGUAGCAUGUGAUAUUCUUUGUCUGUAUUCCUUUUGAUUGCAUUGGUGGAGAGAGGAGUAUUUCCCAUUAGUCAAGAAAGAAUCAUAGGUUAAUCUAUGUUGUCUUACCAGUAAAAUUUUGGCUUUAUUCACUAAAAAAGAAAAGAAAACUUGCCUCUGUUUGGUAAGCCUCGGGUAUAUUUUGAGUGACUGAAGAGACUCAGUGAAACACUCACCACAAUUUUGUGUGCACUACUCGCCAUCAUGAUGGAUGGAAGAAAAAAGUCAAAUCCUGAACAUAAGGGAGUACGUGCACUUGGUUGUGCUCCUAUGUUGAGGGAGCUUCCUUCUGGUGUAAAUUUUAUUGUUGUGACAUAAAUGAUCCAAAUAGAGUGAACUCAUUCAUUAAACUAUUUAUUAGAAAAGUUGUCUUAAUUCUGUUCAAGUAAGUCUAGCUUGUUACCUGGGAAAAGUUGACAAACACUUGGUGAAAUAGUUAGUUAUGCAAAUUGUGAUUACUUUUUUGACAAAUUUGUGAUACAUAGUUUAAGUUGUGAGCCUUCCCAAAUUGUUGUCACAACAUUGUCAUACCUUGAUGUCGUGAUGUCUUAAAUAGGUUUUUCAUGUUGAUUGGUGAUGGCGGUUCUUUUUUUUUUUCAAGAACUUGAAUAAAAAAAAUCAGUAUUAUGAACAUUACAGUCAAAACUCAAAAUCUGGAGCACCAACUUUAGCACAAUACUUAAUUAUGAGUAGUCAGUGAUGAUUUAAAUCAAUUUUCUAACAGACUGUUUAUAUAAUAGUAUUGGCAUCCUACUUUUCAAGUAGUAUUUUGUAGCCUAAAAAACAAAGUUUUGAAGAGACUGCAAAACUGGUUAGAAAGAGAAACUUGUUCAGGAGGUAGAUUCAUUCACUAAGUAUUUUCAUCAUGAUGAGUGCUAGAAGAGUUAGCUCUUUAGUAACAGUAAGAUCAGUAGAUCAGACAGUGGAAUAUGGCAAAUUGUAGUCUUUCAUACAUGCAGCUUACACUACUCUUAAUUGUGAGCAGAGUGAACAUAAAGGUUGUAGAUCACAUGAUAAUAAUAUAAAAGUAAUAGGAAUCCAUUGGACCAACCACACACAAAGUAAAAUAUUCAGAAAUGUGAGUGGUUCUGGCAGGUGUUCCGAGAUCCUGGCAGCUACUGUGCUGAUGUGUUGCAGAUAGUUUUGUUACAUUGGGUGCAUUUUUCUUCUCAACACUAGUUUAUUAGAUUACCGAAUUUUAUGAAAUUUUAUUUUUAUAGCAGAAUUUAGUAGAGACUAUAUGUUUGCAUCUCCUUCAAAUGCUGUUCUCAAGUAUUACUCUUUCACUACUCAUAUACUGAGUAAGUAACUGAGGAAACCACAUUUCCCUUAUAUAUGAUAUAUUACCAUUCUUAACAAUUCUUAAAAAAUGAAGGAACAGUUCCUUAGUUGUGUAAUUGUGUAAUAAUAAUUUUUUAUUCUAGAAGAAUUGCAUUUUAAAAUGUUUUGUUCAUUUUGGUUUGUGGUGUGCAACAUGAUAGAGCUGCACUGGACCAUAAACUAUAGUGCUAGAGCCUUACCUUUACAGGUAAAGGGGAAUAUAUAUAAUAGAAGACUGUACAAUAAUAUUAUUUUUGUAUUAGAGCAAGCAGUGUAAAUAUCACUAGAUACGAUAUUGUAUUAAUGUAUAUAAUUUAAGCGCAUAAAGGGGACUGUUGAUGUAAAUGUAAAUAAACAGCAUAUUCAU